AUGGGAAAAAGUAUUAAACAAUAUGAGCUUCCAGCACUACCAACUGAUUCUGCGAAUAAGGUACGUGCAAGAGAAAUUGAAGAUGAAAUGUCUAUUCAAACCCCAUUUGAGGAUCACAUGUUAGAGUCAAAGCUAAAUCCUGAGCAACAGGUAGCUUUUUCAAAAAUAUUGCAGAAAAUAAAUUCAAAAGAAAGUGGCAUGUUCUUUGUGGAUGGCCCUGGAGGAACAGGGAAGACAUUUCUCUAUCGUGCUCUAUUAGCACACUUAAGAGGGAGAAAAAUGAUUGCACUAGCAACAGCAACCUCAGGCGUAGCUGCAGCAUUAUUGCCUGGAGGAAGGACUGCACAUUCGCGAUUCAAGAUUCCAAUUAAUGUAAAUGAAGCUAGCUUUUGCAAUGUAACAGUGCAAAGUGGUACAGCAAAGUUGUUGCGUAAAGCAGAUUUAAUUAUUUGGGAUGAGGCCCCAAUGGCAAAGCGUUCUGCAAAAGAAACUCUAAACAGAACAAUGCAGGACGUAAUGGAAACCAAUCUGGAUUUUGGAGGAAAAGUGGUUGUUUUUGGGGGAGACUUUCAACAAGUCCUACCAGUUGUACCAAAAGCAACUAAAGAAGAGACUAUAGAAGCCAGCCUUGUGAAGUCAGAAUUGUGGAAAAAAAUGGAAAUAUUGACGCUGACAAGAAACAUGCGAGCUGAAGGGGAUCCUUAUUUUUCUGACUUUCUCCUACAGGUUGGAAAUGGAGAUGAACACACCAGCAAGGAUGACAUGAUACGAAUCCCAGGUCAAUUAUUGCUCAAGUAUGACAAAGAAGACAUACCAGAACAAUGCUUGAUCAAUAAAAUCUUUCCAUGUCUACAAGAAAAUGCACAUUCCGUUCAGUACAUUGCAGAAAGAGCGAUAUUGGCAGCAAAGAAUGAUACGGUAGACAUGUUGAAUAACAAGUUAAUUGAUCAGUUUCCAGGUACGAAACACACUUUUCUUAGUUUUGAUGCAGCUGAGGAUGAUACCAAAAAUUACUAUCAAGAGGAAUUUCUCAAUUCUUCGAACCCGAAUGGUUUGCCACCACAUAAGUUAGAAUUGAAGGAAAAUGCACCAAUUAUGCUCUUAAGAAAUCUAGAUCCAUCAAAUGGUUUAUGCAACGGGACAAGAAUGAUAUGCAGACAUUUUCAACAUAAUGUCAUCCAUGCAGAGAUUACAGCAGGCCAACAUAAAGGGGUUCAUGUUCUUUUGCCCCGCAUACCUCUUUCUCCAGCAGAGAAUGAAGGCUAUCCAUUCAAGUUCAAGAGGAAACAAUAUCAUAUACGACUAUGCUUUGCAAUGAGCAUCAACAAAUCACAAGGCCAGACCAUUCCCCAUGUCGGCAUUUAUUUGCCACAACCCAUUUUUUCACAUGGUCAAUUGUACGUGGCUCUAUCAAGAGGAACGUCAAUGGCAAACACAAAGAUUUUGGUGACGCCAGCUUGUCCCACACAGACAUGUGCUACCUUUACCAAAAAUAUUGUCUACAAAGAAGUACUCCAAUAUCAGAGGUAA